GUCACGUGCCUGUCAACCCACAACCUCGCGCAGCCAUCGUCAACACAACUGGGGGAAGUGGCGAGAAGCUAGCGAAAACUAACCUCAACGGCUGAUACAGUGUUCCCUAUUUGUAUUAAGUAACCUGAAGGUUGGGUGCGUGUUCAUCGACACACAUGACGGACUGCCGUUGUCUGCGCUUCAGUCGGUGCAGAGUUAGAGGGAACAAUGUAGCCGUUGCUCGCUAACUUUUAAGCUAGCAGGCUAACAAUCAGCUGUUGUUUUGGUCGGAGAGCUAGCUGCUCGGUCGGUUAAUGGCGACGCUUGAAGACGUGCCACCCUGACUAGACUAAUCAGCGGCCUGUCAGUCAGCUGUUAUCCCGGCACAGGCGUCAACUCCCCGUUCAAUCGAGCCGUCGGAGCGGUCUGUGACUGAAAAGCAUUGCUUCAAGAUGCAUGACGCCUAUGAGCCGGUGCCUAUUUUGGAGAAGCUUCCUCUUCAGAUCGACUGUCUGGCGGCCUGGGAGGACUGGCUGCUUGUGGGCACAAAGCCAGGGCAUCUUCUUCUCUACAGAAUAAAGAAGGAUGCCGGCACCAACCGGUUCGAGGUGACACUGGAAAAAUCCAAUAAGAACUUCUCCAAGAAGAUUCAGCAGCUCUAUGUUGUCUCGCAGUAUAAAAUUCUUGUCAGUCUUCUUGAGAACAACAUUCACGUCCAUGACCUCCUGACCUUCCAGCAGAUUACCGUGUUGUCCAAAGCCAAAGGCGCCACGCUCUUCACCUGUGACCUGCAGCAAACCAGCACAGGAGAGGAAAGGUUGAGAAUGUGUGUUGCAGUGAAAAAGAAACUGCAGCUGUAUUACUGGAAGGACAGAGAGUUCCACGAGCUGCAGGGGGACUUUAGUGCGCCAGAUAUUCCGAAGUCUAUGGCUUGGUGUGAAAACUCCAUCUGUGUUGGUUUCAAGCGAGACUAUUACCUCAUUCGGAUGGAUGGCCGAGGCUCCCUCAAGGAGCUCUUCCCCACUGGGAAACAGUUGGAGCCUCUGGUUACCCCACUGGCUGAUGGGAAGGUGGCUGUUGGCCAGGAUGACCUAACUGUCGUGCUAAAUGAAGAGGGCGUUUGCACCCAGAAGUGUGCCCUGAACUGGACAGACAUCCCAAUAGCGAUGGAGCACCAGCCUCCGUACAUCAUAGCUGUCCUUCCUCGGUACGUGGAGAUCCGGACCUUCGAGCCGAGGCUGCUGGUGCAGAGUGUGGAGCUGCAGAGACCUCGCUUCAUCACCUCAGCAGGGCAAAAUAUUGUGUAUGUCGCCAGCAACCACUUUGUGUGGCGCCUGGUGCCCGUGUCCAUCGCCACCCAGAUCCGGCAGCUCCUUCAGGACAAACAGUUUGAGCUGGCUCUUCAGCUGGCGAAGAUGAAGGAUGAUUCAGACGGAGAUAAGAAGCAGCAGAUAAAUCACAUCCAGAAUCUCUAUGCCUUCAAUCUGUUUUGCCAGAAGAGAUUUGAUGACUCCAUGCAGGUGUUUGCCAAACUGGGCACGGAUCCCACCCAUGUGAUUGGGCUGUACCCAGACCUGCUCCCUGCAGACUACCGCAAACAGCUACACUACCCCAACCCUCUGCCUACUCUGUCCGUGGCAGAGCUGGAGAAGGCUCAUCUCGCUCUCAUCGAUUAUCUCACACAGAAACGUAGCCACCUUGUGAAACAGCUGAAUGACUCUGACCCUUCGACAACGUCUCCGCUCAUGGAGGGCACGCCUACGAUCAAGAGCCGCAAAAAACUCCUGCAGAUCAUUGACACCACCCUGCUGAAAUGUUACCUGCAUACCAACGUGGCCAUGGUGUCCCCCCUCCUUCGUCUGGAAAACAACCACUGCCACAUCGAGGAGAGCGAGUACGUCCUGAAGAAGGCCCACAAGUACAGCGAGCUCAUUAUCCUCUAUGAGAAGAAGGGCCUGCACCAGAAAGCUCUGCAGGUGCUGCUGGACCAGUCCACCAAGGCCAACUCUCCGCUGAAGGGCCACGAGCGAACAGUGCAGUACCUCCAGAGACUGGGAGUGGAGAAUUUGGGGAUAAUCUUUGAGUUUUCUCCCUGGGUGUUGAAGAUCUGCCCCGAGGACGGCCUGAAGAUCUUCACAGAGGACCUGACCGAGGUGGAGACUUUGCCCCGGGACAAGGUGCUGAACUUCUUGAAGGAGGGCUUUAAGGAGCUCGCCAUCCCAUAUUUGGAGCACAUCAUUUACGUGUGGGACGAUAAGGUCCCGGAGUUUCACAAUGUGCUGAUCCAGCUCUACCUGGAGAGGGUCCAAGGCCUCAUGAAACAGUACCUCAACUCACUGCCAGAAGGAGUUCCAGCUGUUGCUGCGGGGAAGGAGGAAGGAGAUCUGGGAGAGUUCAGGAACAAGCUGCUGUCGUUCCUGGAUAUCUCUACCAGCUAUGAACCAGCCAGACUCAUCAGUGACUUCCCCUUUGAUGGCCUGCUGGAGGAACGGGCUCUGCUUCUGGGUCGGAUGGGUAAACACGAGCAGGCGCUCUUCAUCUACGUGCACAUCCUGAAAGACACUCGCAUGGCUGAAGAAUACUGUCACAGCCAUUACAACAGCUUAGUCGACGGGAAUAAAGAUGUGUAUCUGUCUUUGCUGCGAAUGUACCUGUCACCUCCUGACGUUCACUGCUUGGGGCCCAUCAAGAUGGAGCUGUCGGAGCCUCAGGCCAACCUGCAGGCGGCUCUGGGCGUCCUGGAGCUGCACCACAGCAAACUCAACACCUCCAAGGCCAUCAAUCUGCUCCCGGCAAACACUCAGAUCCGGGAGAUCCGGGUCUUCCUGGAGAGCGUCUUGGCGGAGAAGGCGCAGAGGAAACGCUGCAACCAGGUGCUGAAGAGUCUGCUGCAGGCCGAGUUCCUCAGAGUGCAGGAGGAGCGAAUCUUCCACCAGCAGGUUAAAUGUGUCGUCACCGAGGAGAAGACCUGCCGAGUCUGCAAGAAGAAGAUCGGAACCAGUGCGUUCGCCAGGUAUCCCAACGGCGUGGUGGUGCAUUACUUCUGCUGCAAGGACCGGAACGUGUGUCCCGCCGAGCAGUGAGCUCACCCCCCCACCCCCCCACCACCACCACCACCACCACCACCACCCUGCUCUCCCCCCACCCACCCCUCUCCUCUCCAGCUCUCUAUGGAUUCCAAUGCUUGAACUAGAAGUGCAUCAGAAGGUUGGCCGAGGGGGGUGUAGCACCCUCAAAGGACUACGAGUGCAGACAUUUUCUUUUUUUAACGCUCCUCCAACAAGAGCUCCUUCUGAACUCAAAAAGGCCGAGGCUUUUCUUUCUCUCUGUGCAUGAAGUAACAAGAGGAAUGACCGGCGUCGCUCAACAGGCGGGGGCAGAAAUAGUUUAAAAAAAAGAGAGAGAGAGUGUCUUGACAUUUGAAAAGCAUGUGUCACUGUAACGCCAGAAAAGGGAUUCGUUUCCCUUCCCGUCGCUGUGGACGGACGCUCUAACGCUGGUUCUCACCCCCCGAAGCGAUUCCAAGCCUCGGCUUUUAUUUUUUGUCUUCGCUCCUCUUCCUCACCGCCUCUCCUGUAACACUGCGUUACCUCGACGACCGCUUGAUCUGCCACACAACGCUCCGCAGGAGUGCAGUUAGAUGCCUUUCGUGACUGAAGAUUGUACUCAUUACAAACGUACUGUCAGACGUCUGUCAGGAUUAUUUUUCCCCCGCAUGGUACUGACUAAGCAAAAAAGCAAUCUUCUUACAGUGUGUUUGACAAUUAUGUAUUUUAUUUAAACAUUUGAGGCGACUAACAUUAUUCACAGAGAUGUUCUUUUCAUUAUUCAGUGUCUUUACAGUGUGUGAAUGAUUCCUACCAGAGAUCAUUCUCUUUAUUUUUUUAUUGCUCAUCUCCCUCAUUUGUUUUUUUUCUUCUUUCGCAGACAUUAAACGUUUAUAAAAUAGAAUUCCUUUUAAAUGUGAGACUAUGUACCUUUUUGAGCGACAGCCGAGUAAUAAUGACAGAAUAAUCGCACAGAAUUUAAUUCCUUAAUUAUGUUUGAAAUGAGUGAUUAAUCAAUUAUUCAAUCUGCAGAGACUUCAUCUGCUACUGUUUUGAUAAUUUAUUAUUAACUUCAGCCAUUUUUGGAGCAAAAAUACACACAUUCACUGGUUCCAUCUGUUUUUCUUUGUCGCAGUAAAUUGAACGUGUCUUAAAUUUUUAGACUGUUGAUCGGAUUAAAUGAGUAAAUUGAAGACGUCACUGUGA